AAUAUUAUUUAAAACGAUGCGAACCGUAUAGUGACCGCGCAGGGCAUAUGCGCCGAGCCGCCCCCGGUGAGCCGGGAUUGGUCUGGCCCGGUUCCGCCCCCGAAUACACGCCACCGGGAUCUCCGAGUCCUCGUACAUUAUCGCGAGCAGCACGUGCGCCGCGGGGACGAGUGUAUCGCCGGCGUUCGAAACGGUCGCAAGUGGAUUGAUGCCGUUUGCCUUUGCGGAAUAACGAACCGUCCGGAUUCGUGGAUGAAUACAGAUUAUAACCGGUUUAGCAGAAUGACAAUGGACGUCCAUCAGCACAGAAACGUGACGACGGCCGCGUCCUCGUCGCCGCCGUCGCGGUACUCACCGCCAGUGGCCACCGGAAUUGCGCAGACGUCGUUGCCCACGGCCGUGGUCGCGCUGCACCAGCGACCACAGAAGCGGAGUUUCGACGUGGCGUUCCUAAUGGCACCAGACGACCUGAGCAAGCGUAGACCACGGCCAAUGCAGGCGGCCCAGCCUGUCGCCCGGUCAGCGUUCACUAAAGUGUCGCCGGACCCACCGUCAUCACUGUCGCCGGCAUCGUCUCCGGCCACGCCGCCGCCUGCGGAUUUUGCUGCUUACAUGCACCACAGCCAGCUGCACCACCAACAGCACCACAACCAGCAGCAGCAACAGCUCCUCCCACAUCACCUUCAGCCGCAGCAAGAGUGUAGCCUAAGCCCACCCCUGCCACCGGUCACGGCGCACUUUAUGUCACCGUUUCCACUUGGCUUCCGGUCACCGUUCGCGCUGAUGAUGCCACCACGGCCGCAACCCAACGCGAUCGGUUGUAAAGACUACCCAUCGUCGCUCCAACCACCACUUCCGUCACACCAUCAUCAUCAGCAGCAGCAGCAGCAGCAACAGCAACAGCAGCAGCAACAGCACCAUCACCACCAUCAGCUGCAGUCGCUUUCGUCGCCAUCACCUCUGCAGUUUGGGCAGGCAGCAGCUGCGGCAGCGGCCGUGGCUGCUCUCCCAGCCAUGUUGUUGCCUGCGUCCAUCGCCGCGGCCGCGCUCACGUUACCGUCGCAGAACGUGUGCGCCAAGUGUAACGUGAGCUUCCGAAUGACGUCUGAUCUGGUGUACCACAUGCGGUCGCACCACAAGGGCGGCGACGGAAAUAGCGGCGUUGGCGCCGGAAGCGGUGUAGGUGCCGGUGUUGGUGGCGGAGUGGGCGUGGGAGGCACGGGCGUUGGCGUGGACGCCAAGAAGCGACGGGACAUGGACAAGCUCCGGUGUCCGGUAUGUGACGAGAGCUUUCGGGAACGGCACCACCUGACGCGGCACAUGACCGCACAUCAGGACAAGGAGGGCGACCGGCUCGACGACGAGGACGACGCGCCUUUGCAGCAACAGCACCACCAGCCGCACCAGCACCAGCACCAAGGAGCCAAAUGACGUAAGGCGGCCGCGGGUGGACGGAGGCGCAAUGCCUCGUACUCGCGCUUCGCGGAAGACCAUCGCGUUUAGACGGUCCCUCCUCUCCUCGCCACUCAUAUACACUGGCCCAACUCCACCACUCCAAUCCACCCAUCCUUCCACCCACAUUGAGUGAAUCUUACUGUUCGUACGUUUAGGUACAAGCGAUACAUAUUAUUAUAUUAUGAUUCAGUAGAUGUCCCCAAGUUACCGUAAAUGGUGUGCAGUGGUAUACCUGUUAGACCGGAUCACGGAAACUGUCGUCGUAAGUGCAUGAAAAGCCAAAACUUACCACAUACACAUAUUAUUAUUAUUACAGGUCCUCCUCACACGAAGAUCUCUUCAUUCAGAAGACUCUUGUACAUGUAUAUAUAUUUGUAGACUAGCGCGGGUUUACAUACAUACUUUUGUUUUAGUUGAUUUAUUGAGUUUUUCUUACGAACGUAUUUACAAUUAUUAUUAUCCAAUUUAAUGUUUAAAAAAACAUAAAACUACCUAAGUGACAUUUUAACGAAGAUCGGAUACUAGUAUAUAUCGAAGCUAUUUACCAAUAAUCGACAUUUCAAUAAACAUAAUAUUAUAAUACGUUUUAUGUACCUAUCGAAAUUAUUUUUUAUUUAUAUUAUACAACCUUAAGCCUAUAAUCUAAAUAUAGAAACGCACCUAUUAACCACGAUUAAUGUAAUAGGUACAUUAUAAUAAUUCUAUAGUAGUGUCUUUUUAAAUGUAUAAAGUACCUUCUUCGUAAUGCUAUAUUUCAUACAGAUCUCGUAAUCUUAGUUGAUGAGAUUUGUUUCAUAGAAUUAAAAUUAUAAUUAUAUAAAACGAUUGUAACGUACGUUACAGUUGUCUUUUUUCACAUGCGUUUUUCGCAUAUUAUAGAAUUGUGUAGCCUAACGCGAAUUCGCGUUCAAAUAGGAUUAAAAAUUAACUGCGUUCAAGACGGUAAUAAUUUUCAAUUACUUUGCAUGGAUAGUAUUCAUAUUUUUUAUUUUACUCGAAUUCGAUUUUGGCCGGUCUUGUAGCUUUCUUUUUUUUGCGCAGCAUAUUCAUAUAUAUAUACACUUUACCCUCUAAUGCGAAAACAAGGGUGACCAUUAGGGUCGACAAAAAUGACAAAUGUCCAUACAAAUCAUAGUCGAAUACGAGUAAUAAUUAACCGUGUCCACGAGGGUUGGUUGACGAGGGGUGGGGAUAAAUUUAAUUCUGUAAUGGGGUCCGAUAAAUAGAUUAAAAUGCCCCUUUGGCCUUAAUAAAUAUUGUCACGUGAUCACUGUUUGUAUAAUUUUAGUAUUAAAAUUAAAUGGACCGAAAUCAAAUGAUAACGAUUUUAAAAUGCAUCUCUCUAUAAAAUUACAUCUGUAUAGGGUUACCUAUAUAAUAUUCACGCACUACUUUUUCCCUACGUGGUUUCACGUCAUGACGGAUGUAGUAAACUCGUAAAUAUAGUAUAGAUUUAUGUGUGGUUGUGUGUAUAUUAUGAUUGUUACUAUACAUUGUAAAAUAUAAUAUUCAGUUAGUCUGUAUAUUAUCGUUCAAUGAUAAUGUUUCGAUAAUAAUAUUAGGCUCCACAUCCUCGGUUCAUAAAUAAUAUUAUACACAUUAAUUAUAGGUACUUAGC